UUUAGAUUUUGCGAAAAAAAGAAUUUAUUUAUUAAACGUGAAAGCACAAUAAAACAUUAGUUUUUUUUAUACAAACUAUACACUGCAUGUUGUUGCUUUUUUGUACUAACUAGUUUUAUACGCAACAUUUAUACAAAUCAUCAACAAGAGACUGUAAAGGACCACAUACAAUAUAAAAAGGCCAUUAGAAAAUAAAAAGACUGCAUUCAUUUUAUUGUGUGAAAGUGUUGUUGUUCGGGUCGGUCAAGGUUAAAGGUUGUGCACAAAGAUAACAGCUACAGCGAACAAAAAAACAUCGUGUGUAAUUUUGUGAAAUGCAUACCCUAUGGCAACGUUUCCAAAAUAGUGUCUUGCAAAAUUUAACUGCAACAUAUUUUCGAGCUCAAAAACUGCGCAAAGUAGGAUUCAGAGGCAUGCAUACAUCUGUGGAGGAUUUAAAAAUGGCCAACAUGAAGGUCAAAAUAUUGCCAGCCUUACAGGACAAUUACAUGUAUUUGAUCGUUUGUGAUGCCACCAAAGAGGCGGCAAUUGUUGAUCCCGUCGAUCCAGAGUGUGUUCUCGACGCCGUUAAGCAAGAACAAGUAAAUCUUACCAAAAUCCUAACCACCCAUCAUCACUGGGAUCAUGCCGGCGGCAAUGAGAAACUUUUGAAAAUGUGUCAAAAAUCCCUACAAGUCUAUGGAGGUGAUGAACGCAUCGGUGGUCUCAACUGCAAAGUGAAACAAGAUGAUUCCAUACAAAUUGGUGAUCUGAAAGUGACCUGUCUUUUUACACCCUGUCACACAACUGGUCAUAUUUGCUAUUAUGUUGAGGCACCGAAUGGAGAGCGCUGUGUAUUCACCGGUGAUACUUUGUUCCAGGGUGGAUGUGGUCGUUUCUUUGAGGGCACGCCCGAACAAAUGUAUUCGGCCCUGAUUGAGAAAUUGUCGGCUUUGCCCGAUGAUACAAAGGUUUUCUGUGGUCAUGAAUAUACCCUACAAAAUAUGUCCUAUGCCCGGCAUGUGGAACCCCUCAAUGAGGAUAUACAAAAGCGUAUUGAAUGGGCCAAAUUACGUCGCGCCACCAAAUCGCCCACAGUGCCCUCAACAAUUGCCGAGGAGAAGUUAUGGAAUCCAUUUAUGCGUGUCCAUGUGGCCAGUGUCCAGAAACAUGCCCAGCAAUCGGAACCCAUUGCCACCAUGGGUAGUUUGCGCAAGGAAAAGGAUAAUUUUAAGGCUCAUUUGUAAAAUGUGUGUCCGUAAUUUAUUUUGUAAAAAUUUAUUAAGAAUUUAAUUUACAAAAAAAAAGUAAUGCGCACAAUUGGAAUGUCAAAUCCUUUCGAGGAAAUUGUAAGUGAUAAAAUUUUAAAUAGUAAUUUGUAAUUUUGUUUUCAGUUUGAAAUUGGAAAGUCUGUGAAUAUUUUUUGAAAAAAUAAAUAUGGAUUUGAUCACAA